AAACUAACACGGCUCGAUCCAUCAUGUGAUACUAUAAAUGAAGACACGGGAGGUGAGAUCUCGAGGAAUUUGAUGCCAAGCUAUAGCUAGAGACGACGCGGAGACGGUGUGAGAGAAACGAGACGAUGCUGCUGAGGAGCUCGUCGACGCCGUUCCUGCACUCCUUCCUCUCGCCGUCGUCGGCGGCGGCUGCGCCGUCCUCUCUCCAGCUGCGGCGAGCCUUCUCCGACGGCCACCUGCCUUCCCUCCACCCGUCCUCCGACGGUGGUGGUGGUAGCAAGAACAAUACCACCGGCCUCCACACGGAGCUCUCCUUCUCCAUCUACAACACCUUCAACAAGAUGGCGCCGCCGCCGCCGCCGGUGCAGGAGCAGGAGGAGGCUGAGCAGCAGCAGGCCCCCGGGGAGCCGAAGCUGCCGCUGUUCUUGGCGAGAGGCCUCGGGAUCGACCGCAUCGCUUCCGGCCUGUUCACCGCCGGCGGCGGCGGCGACGGCGACGGCGGCAACGGUGGCGCUGGGAGGAUGAGCGCCGUGGAGGAGGAGCACGCCGAGAAGGUGGCGGCGCUCGACGCGCAGUACAAGAGGAUGAUGGACGAGCAGCCGGGCGACGCGCUGUUCCUGCGCAACUACGCGCAGUUCCUGCACGAGGUGAAGGGCGACGCGAGGAGGGCGGAGGAGUACUACUCGCGCGCCAUGCUGGCGGAUCCCAGCGACGGCGAGAUCAUGUCGCAGUACGCCAAGCUGGUGUGGGAGGUGCACCGCGAUCUGGACAGAUCCCUCACCUACUUCCACAAGUCCGUGCAGGCCGCGCCGCACAACAGCAAUGUCCUCGCCGCGUACGCCAGCUUCCUGUGGGAACAGGACGACGACGACAACGACGACCUCGGAGAAGGCGAGCAGGACGUGGCCGUGGCGGCGCAGCCGGGGCAUGUGAGGCAGCUGGCUUCCGUGGCCGUUUGAUCCGUGCGAGACGGGCUGACAACGUGCUAAAUGCGCUGUGCUUUCUACUACUAAAUGCGCUGGUGCUUACAAACCGAAGAAUAAAUAAUACCGCGGUUGGAAGUUGGAUGUAACUAUAUCAUGAAGUUCUCUUUUUCCUUUCACGAAUCAAAACCGAUGAAUGUAUUUUGCAUCUACCCCAAAGUUGUUUGCUUUUGCCUCGCGGUGGAAUCUCAAUGUUUCGCCCGGCAAAAGAAGAGUAUCGCCCAUUACUGGUUCUACCGCGAGGCAAAAGAAGAGUCUCGCCCAUUCCUGGCUAUAGGACGCCGGAGAAUGGCACGGAGAUGGGCGCAUGCAUCAGUCGUCAGCGCAUGGCUUCAUGCAUCAAGGCAGCUAGCGAGUGAGACCUGUGCGUGCGACUAGGCGGUAGAUGGACACCGGCCAUGUGAUUGUUCGCCGCCCAGUGCACGAGCUCGUGCCAAGUGGCACUGCUCCACGCACAAAUUAGAAUGAAGCAGUGAACCAACAUACUAUGUUAAGAGUCUAAGAGAUAACAUGAGAUUUUAUAAGCUAA